AUGGAGCCGGCGACGUCGGCAGAGCUGCCUACGCUCAAGAUCCUGCUUAUCGGGUCUUCGGGUGUAGGAAAGUCGGCGCUGGUCCGGCGGUACACCGACGACGAGUUCCUCGACGACGACGAGGCGGCGACCAUCGGUGUCGACUACAAGAUGAAGAGCAUUUAUGUCCAGGGGAAAUGGUUCAAGCUCUCGAUCUGGGAUACCGCGGGCCAGGAGCGCUACCGCACGUUGACAAGCAGCUACUACCGCGGUGCCCAAGGCGUGAUUAUCGUGUACGAUGUCACGUCGCAAGAGUCGUUCGACGCGCUCCCCUCCUGGGCCAAGGAGCUCGAGAUGUUUACCGGCGACCAGUCGCCCGUCAUGCUCCUCGUCGGCAACAAGACCGACCAGGAUGCGCGCCGCGUCAUUUCAAAGGAGCAGGGCGCGCAGUGGGCCGAGGAGCACCGCUGCUUGUUUGUCGAGUGCAGCGCCAAGGAGAAUGUGCAUGUGGAAAAGGCCUUUCAGGACCUCGUGCAGCGCAUCGCCUCGACGCCUGCACUGUGGCAGGACGUCGCGCCAGGCGUGCGCCGGCCAGGCGACCGCAUCCCGGGUGGCGUGCCCAAUGCGCCGGGAAGCAUCUCGUUGUCCGAUGCGUCCAACUAUCUCGCUACGGCCCAAGAAAAGUGUGGGUGCUAA